GCGCGCGCCUGCGCAGUGUGCACCGGCCGGAGCAGGAGCCGGAGCUGGAGCUGGUGCAGCUUCCUGACUCCUCGGCGCAGCGGUCCCGCCGCGGGAAACUGCGGGGCGGGAUGGAGCCGGCGGGCGGCGGCGGCGGCGGUUUCCCCGCGGACCCCCCGGGCGCCUUCGUGCUGAGCAACCUGGCGGAGGUGGUGGAGCGGGUGCUCUCCUUCCUGCCCGCCCGGGCGCUGCUGCGGGUGGCCGGCGUGAGCCGCCUGUGGAGGGAGAGCGUGCGCCGGGUGCUGCGAGCCCAGCGCGGGGUGGCCUGGAUCUCGGCGGGCCCGGCGGACGCUGGCCCCCCGCAGGAGCACUGCCUGGUCCGCGCGGCGGCCGCGGAGCUGCAGAACGUCCACAUCUUGCCGCAGACCGUCCUGUACAUGGCCGAUUCGGACACGUUCAUCAGCCUGGAGGAGUGCCGGGGUCACAAGCGAGCCAGGAAGAGAGCGACCACGGAGACCGCCAUGGCCCUGGAGAAGCUGUUCCCGAGACAGUGCCAGAUCCUGGGGGUCGUGGCCCCGGGGAUCGUCGUGACGCCCAUGGGCCCCGGGAGCAGUCGGCCGCAGGAGAUAGAGAUUGGAGAGUCCGGGUUUGCCCUGCUGUUCCCUCAGGUGGAAGGAAUAAAAAUACAGCCCUUCCGUUUUGUCAAGAAUCCAAAGAAUUUAUCGCUAGAAAGACGUCGCUUCACUGAAGCCGGCCUCCUGGACAACCCCGAGCUCCGCGUGGUGCUGGUGUUCGGCUACAACUGCUGCAAGGUGGGGGCCAGCAGCUACCUGCAGCGCGUCGUCCGCACCUUCAGCGACACCAACGUCGUGGUGGCCGGGGGCCAGGUGGACAACCUGGUGUCGCUGACCUCUGACACGUGCCCCCUGGACGUCGAUGGCACCGGCGUGGUCGGGCUGUCGGUGAGCGGCCAGCGCGUGCAGAGCGCCACGGUGCUGCUCAGCGAGGACGUCAGCGACGAGAAGGCCGUGGAGGCCGCCGUGCAGCGCCUCAAGGCAGCCGGCAUCCCCGAGCGGGACACGGUGGGCUUCAUGUUCGCCUGCGUGGGCCGCGGCGCCCAGUUCUACCGGGCCCAGGGCAACGUGGAGGCCGACGCGUUCCGGAAGGCCUUCCCCGGCGUGCCCCUGUUCGGCUUCUUCGGCAACGGCGAGAUCGGGUGCGACCGCGUGGUCGCGGGGAGCUUCGUGCUGCGGCGCUGCAGCGAGGUGCGGGCCGAGGACCUGUUCCACAGCUACACCACCGUCCUGGCGCUGGUGCACCUGGGCGCCUCCCGGUGAGGCCGCGGUGCCCCCCGCCUGCGGGCGCGGCCUCGGGAACAUGGGACCGGGGAAUAUAUGUCUUUGAAACGAACAUAGCUCCAUGCAUGUGUUCUGUGGCUCGGAUGCCCUAAGGGGUUCUCGGGUGGUUUCCCACACGUCAGAGGAAGGAGGGCUGUGGCAUCGGAUCGGGCGCGCACCCGCCGCCGAUCGUGGCGCUGGCCCAGGUCCCGCGGCUGCCGGGCGCGUCCUGUAACCAGACGGGAAGGGCCGUGACCGGUGGGCGUCCGUGGCUCCCUCUGCAGGGCGAGCCGGUCGUUGAGCAGAGUCACGAAGACACUUUUCUCCCUGAAUAAAGGCGGAAACGGUUCGGA